AUGCAAAUGAAACAGAGGGAAGAAGAUGGGGAGGCAGCGUACAACACUCUAAGGCUAAGCCCUUUCAAAAUUGAAGGCAAAGGAGGAUUCAGGGCUACUGCUUUCAUAUACGUUUUAACUGGAUUGGAGAACAUGGGCGUGGUUGCAAAUAUGGUGAGCCUUGUGCUCUAUUUCUCGUACAAGAUGUAUUUCGAUCUGUCCACGUCAGCAAACACGCUGACUAAUCUGCUCGGAUCAACUUAUCUGCUCUCUGUAGUUGGCGGCUUUAUUUCCGACAUUUACAUCAGCAGGUUCAAGUGCUGUGUCAUUUUUGCCUCCGUCGAAGUCUUGGCCCUGUCUAUGAUGGCAAUUCAAGCCCACACGGCCCGAUUGCUACCCGAACCAUGUGGAAAAUCGAGUUGUGUGAAAAAUGGCGUGGCCGUGUAUUUCUACUCGACAAUGUGUUUGCUGGCGCUCGGGAUUGGUGGGUUGAGGGGCUCGUUGCCCGCAUUUGGUGCGGACCAAUUUGACCCAAAGGACCCGAAAGAGGGAAAAGGGCUCGCGAGCUAUUUCAAUUGGCUGUUGCUGAGUUCGGUUACUGGUGGCUCAAUUGGGGCUACGGUUGUUGUUUGGGUGGCGACAAAUAAGAGUAAUCAGAAUUGGUGGAAAGGGUUUUUGAUUGCGGCUGUCGGAACGUUUGUGGGUUUGGUGUUUCUUGUGGCCGGGAAGCCAUUUUAUAGGCUUCACGUCCCAAGAGAUAGUCCUGUUAUUGUGGUGGCCCUGAAAAAUGGGAGAUUGCCUCAUCCAGAGAGCCCAAGUGAGCUGUACGAGAUGAACGAGAAAGAUUUAGAUCCAACUGCACAAAGAAUCCCGCACACUCAACAAUUCAGGUAGUAUUUUAUUCAACAGAUCUUAUCCCAUAUCAAUCAACAAAGGAAAGAUGCACUAUUUAUAUAGUUAUUCAAAGUUGGUUAUAUUACAAAGUUUGUUGCGUAUUUAGCCUGGUCAUACAAAUCUGAUUAACAUAAAAUUUAAUAAUUAACCUCAAAUCCGAUUUUCACCCAACAUUCUAUAUUUGAUUGACGAUUUCACCUCCUUCAAAAUUUCAAGAUCUCU